AGAGUCUUAUCUAAAAGCAUCAUAAAAUGGAGAAUUCGGACAUUCCUAUUCAAAAUGGUGGACCUGGAGAACACGACAAAUUUAUUACAAAUGGCGGAGACUGUAGGGUUGGUCCUGUUUUUGAUCCCAGGACUAAGUUGGAUGAGACUAGCUAUGAGUCUAAAGUUUAUUAUUUACCAACUUUACGAACUUCUAGCUACUUACGCUGUGAUUGUUCGGUGUCAGAGAUUAGAACAAAACUUUGGGAAACCUUAGAGAAACCUCCAGCCAUCAGUGUUCCUAGAAAGGUUUAUGUGAUAGAGGCCUUGAACGAGGCUUUUGAUUCUGCUCUGAAGGAUAUUGAUUUAUCUCCUGUAAUUGGAGUACAACUAGAGGGAAUAAAUAUAUCUAGAUCAGGUACACUGAAAUGUGUAAGUGUAUGUACAGAGACUGCUGUAUACCUAUUCGAUAUUGGCAAGAUGAAGUACUCUGUCUUCAAGUACGGUCUACAAUAUUUCCUCGAGUCCCAGGAGAAAGUUAAAGUAUUCCAUGACGUCAGAUUUGCCAGUGACCUGCUGCACCACCAGUACGAGGUCAACCUGAUGAACGUAUUCGACACGGCAGUGGCAGAUAUCACCUUCUUCACAAUGAGCCAGGCUCAAGGCUUCCUCCCUAGGUUUAUCAGAACAUACCAGGUGUUGUGCAGGGAGUAUCUGGGUAUCCCUGAGACAGGUUUAUUCUACUUCAAGUACAGACCGGAGACUAUGGAGAGGGAUCAGGGUCGAUUCUGGAGGAACGGGUUUGACAAACAGACAAUUCUUGCACUCUCCAGGAACUGUUUGUACUUUCUACCUCUGUAUAAGAUCUGUAAGAAGGCUGUUAUGUAUCAUUUCAACCAAGGAACCCAGCUCUUUUUAAGCACAGUCAGGGAGCUCGGGAAUAAUGAUGCUAAGAAGUUGCAGACUAAACCCAUAGAGAAGAUAUCAACACCACAGGAGCUGUGUGCUCUAUACCCUACCUGGAGUAAGGACAAAGAGAAGGCCAGGAACCCGGAGCUAAUGAUUUGUUGUGUUCAGGAGCUGUGUGCUCUAUACCCUACCUGGAGUAAGGACAAAGAAGAGGCCAGGAACCAGGGAAGAACUGUAGAGGGAGAUUUUAUAUAUCAGGACAGGGGGAAAUACUAUCCCAGACAGCUCUGCGAAUAAAGCUCUUGAAGGAGGGAAUAUUUAGACUGUAACAAGUAUUUUUUCUCAAGUUUAAUUGUAAAUUAACCACACGGCCAGUGAUAUAUGUAAACGUAUCAUGAAAGGUUCAGCAACACUGCUCCUUCCAUUAUUUAAAACCAAAGUUUUGACUGACUACUUGUGAUGUCAUUUUGUAAAAAUGUAAAAUUUACUCAAAUUUUCAGUUUGAUAUUUUUUUCAGAA